CUAUUGAAUCGGAAGUCUCAUCCAUAGGCUUACUUCCGCGUUGAAGAGAAAGGUGUAUAUAAACAUUGAACACACAUCAUAACUAGUCUGAGCCUUUAACUCUAGGCGUUUAUCUUCAGCAACAGCGGUUCUGUCUUAUUGCAAACAUGGGCAACUAUUUCACUAUGAUUUUCUCUCGUCCCUUUCCGAAAAAGCAGAUUAAGUUGCUUAUGGUUGGUCUGGAUGCAGCAGGGAAAACAACAGUGCUCUUCAAACUCAAACUCGGUGAAGUUGUCACAACUAUUCCAACUAUUGGUUUUAAUGUUGAAACAGUUGAAUAUAAAAACAUCUCCUUUGCUGUGUGGGAUGUUGGCGGUCAGAGCAAAAUCAGAGGACUUUGGAAAUAUUAUUAUCAGUACACUGAGGGCUUGAUCUUUGUGGUGGACAGCAGUGAUCAUGACCGGAUUGAAACAGCAGCAGAGGAACUAAACGCGAUGCUGGCGGAGGACGAGAUGAGAGACGCGGUUCUGUUAGUUCUUGCUAACAAGCAGGAUUUACCCAAAGCCAUGCCGGUCCACGAGCUGACAGACAGACUGGGUUUACACGCACUGAGAGGACGACAGUGGUUUGUUCAGGCUACAUGUGCGGUUCAAGGGUCAGGUUUAUAUGAAGGACUGGAUUGGCUCUCAGAUCAACUUUCCAGACGAUAAAACACUGCUGAAGAAAGGACUACUUGAAGAA